GCCCGUUGUCUGUGUGGUGCUGAGGGGCCCCGGAGGCGGUGGGGGCUUCGGGCGGGGCGGCAGGGCCUGGACAUGGCGCUGGGGGGCCGCUCCGCGGGAAGAUGAAUAAGGGCUGGCUGGAGUUGGAGAGCGACCCGGGCCUCUUCACCCUUCUGGUGGAAGAUUUCGGUAAGAGCCUCCCUAUCCGCAGGACCGGGACUGUGGAGGCCUACUUCUGCGCCUUCCUCGCCCCCUGGCCACGGGCUGCCAUACCCGACCGCUUACCUUUCCUGUUGGCAGGUGUCAAAGGGGUACAGGUGGAGGAGAUCUAUGACCUUCAGAGCAAAUGCCAGGGCCCUGUAUAUGGAUUCAUCUUCCUCUUCAAAUGGAUUGAAGAGCGCCGGUCCCGUCGCAAGGUCUCUACCUUGGUGGAUGAUACGUCCGUGAUUGAUGACGAUAUUGUGAAUAAUAUGUUCUUUGCCCACCAGCUGAUCCCCAACUCUUGUGCCACUCAUGCCCUGCUGAGCGUGCUCCUGAAUUGCAGCAAUGUGGACCUGGGGCCCACCCUGAGUCGCAUGAAGGAUUUCACCAAAGGCUUCAGCCCUGAGAGCAAAGGAUAUGCAAUUGGCAAUGCCCCAGAGUUGGCCAAGGCUCAUAAUAGCCAUGCCAGGCCCGAGCCGCGCCACCUCCCUGAGAAGCAGAAUGGGCUUAGUGCAGUACGGACCAUGGAAGCGUUUCACUUUGUCAGCUAUGUGCCAAUCACAGGUCGGCUCUUUGAGCUGGAUGGACUGAAGGUCUACCCCAUUGACCAUGGGCCUUGGGGGGAGGAUGAGGAGUGGACAGACAAGGCCCGGCGGGUCAUCAUGGAGCGUAUCGGCCUCGCCACUGCAGGGGAGCCCUACCACGACAUCCGCUUCAACCUGAUGGCGGUGGUGCCCGACCGCAGGAUCAAGUAUGAGGCCAGGCUGCACGUGUUGAAGGUGAACCGACAGACAGUGCUGGAGGCCCUGCAGCAGCUGAUUAGGGUUACACAGCCAGAGCUGAUUCAGACCCAUAAGUCUCAAGAGUCACAGCUGCCUGAGGAGUCGAAGCCAGCCAGCAGCAAGUCCCCCUUGGCAUUGGAGGCAAGCAGGGCCCCUGCGGCCUCUGAGGGCACCCACACAGAUGGUGCGGAGGAGGGGGCUGGCUCAUGCCUACCAGCCUCAACUCACAGCCCUCCCAGCAAACCUAAGCUGGUGGUGAAGCCUCCUGGGAGCAGCCUCAAUGGGGUUCCCCCCAACCCCACUCCGAUUGUUCAGCGGUUGCCAGCCUUUCUGGACAAUCACAACUAUGCCAAGUCCCCCAUGCAGGAGGAAGAAGAUCUAGCAGCAGGCAUGGGCCGCAGCCGAGUCCCAGUCCGCCCGGCCCAGCAGUACUCAGAUGAUGAGGACGACUAUGAGGAUGAUGAAGAGGAUGACGUGCAGAACACCAACUCUGCCAUCAGAUACAGGCGGAAGGGGUCAGGGAAGCCAGGGUCCUUGAGUGGCACUGCAGAUGGGCAGCUAUCAGUGCUGCAACCUAACACCAUCAACGUCCUGGCCGAGAAGCUCAAAGAGAGUCAGAAAGACCUCUCAGUUCCUCUGUCCAUCAAGACCAGCAGCGGGGCUGGGAGUCCGGCUGUGGCAGUGCCCAUGCACUCGCAGCCCUCGCCCACGCCCAGCAACGAGAGUACGGACACAGCCUCUGAAAUUGGCAGCGCUUUUAACUCACCACUGCGAUCACCCAUCCGCUCGGCCAACCCGACACGGCCCUCUAGCCCUGUCACCUCCCACAUCUCCAAGGUGCUUUUUGGUGAGGACGACAGCCUACUGCGUGUUGACUGCAUACGCUACAACCGCGCUGUACGCGACCUGGGUCCUUUUAUCAGCACAGGCUUGCUUCAUCUGGCUGAGGAUGGUGUGCUGAGUCCCUUGGCACUGACAGAGGGUGGGAAGGGUUCCUCACCCUCCAUCAGACCAGGCCAAGGCAACCAAGGGUCCAGCAACCCAGAGGAGAAAGAGGUAGGGGAAGCAGUGGACAGCAGAGAGAAGACUGGGCUGGUCAGGCCUGGUGAGCCUGUAAGCGGGGAGAAGUACUCACCCAAGGAGCUGCUGGCACUGCUGAAGUGUGUGGAGGCUGAGAUUGCAAACUAUGAGGCCUGCCUCAAGGAAGAGGUGGAAAAGCGGAAGAAGUUCAAGAUUGAUGACCAGAGAAGGACCCACAACUAUGAUGAGUUCAUCUGCACCUUCAUCUCCAUGCUGGCUCAGGAAGGCAUGCUGGCCAACCUGGUGGAGCAGAAUAUCUCAGUGCGGCGGCGCCAAGGGGUCAGUAUUGGCCGGCUCCACAAACAGCGGAAGCCUGACCGGCGGAAACGCUCACGCCCCUACAAGGCCAAGCGCCAGUGAAGAUUGCUGGCCCUGACUCUUCAGCCUGCUCUUGCCGCAUGGCCCUCACAGUGCCCCCUUCCCUGCCCUGUUCCCCCUUUUCCCAGUAUUAACUGAAUAGUUCCAGCUACGGAGCCCAGGCCCUGGGGGCAGGAGCUGGCCGGGAUUCCCUGCAUUGCACCCCAUGGCAGGGAUGGUCAGCCCUUAGUGCUCAGGAAACAGCAGCUGGAGCUUGGGCACAGCGAUGUGCUGCGGCUGCCUCCACAGCCGGCUGUGGAGCGGUGGGACGUGGCCCUCCUGCCUUAGGCAGCAGAGUAUAUAUUUUAUCUAUCAGAGACAUCUAUUUUUCUGGGCUCCAACAUGUCUUGCCACCACUGUGUUGACAUGGCUGGGAAUGUUUCCCCCUCCUAGCAGCUGUCAUCCUACUGGGCCAGGAUCAUGACUGCAAGGCCCAGCUGGGGCCUGGGUGGGCAUUGGACCCUGCUGCUCUAGCCCCAGCCGCCAGCCUGUUCCUGUUGUGAGGAAGCCAGGCCUACUUUCUUCAUUCCUCCUGGGAGAGCUCCAAACUCAGGGACCUAGCUGUUGGGCUGGAAUUGGGGGUGGGGUUUCCCAGUGGGGGUGGGAUGAGCAGCCUGCUGGGAGUGAACAGAGAAGUGUUUGAGCUGUUUCUAGGUGGGCUUGCUGAGACUGCUCUCUGCAGCAGGGCUCAGGGCUCUUUGCUUUCAGUAUUGUGGUUCUGGCUUUGAGACCACCUUGGGCUCCUGGUCUUUGUUCCUGGAGCCUAGGGGCUCAGAAGAGCCUCUGCCCAGCCCCUCAGUAUUACCAUGUGUCCCUCUUAUUAGGGAUAGCAGAGACAGGGCUGCUUGCAGGAAGCGGGCACCACUCAGCUCUCCCUGCCACACAAGCUUCCUUAAUCUCUGCAGGGCACUCAGGGUUGGGGACGGACCAGAAUUGAGACAACUAGUUGGAACCCCCGAGUCCCUAGAGGGCUUGAUGCUGAGGGGUAACAGGUCCAGCGCUCCCUCUAGAGUACAGGCCCCAAACAGCCCCGUGGUUUUGAAGGUGACCCAAGCAGACCCUUUAUCUGUAUAUAGUGAUUGGGAGAUGGGGCUGGUAGGUGCCUCUCCCUGGGCUGAGCACAGCCUGACCCCUGUGGCCCCUGUAAAUACUGGAUCAGUGGAUGAAUAAAACUCUUAUUAAAUACUAA